GAGUUGAAGACAGAUAUGGGAAGUAGUGAUAGACUGCCCGCCAUCGAUCUCCCUUCUCCAUUUGGCGAAUUUCAUGGGAAUUUAUCUGAUUCGGAGUUACGAGAGACCGCCUAUGAAAUCUUCGUCGGCGCUUGUCGAUCUUCUGGUGGAAAGCCAUUGACUUACAUUCCACAAUCGGAGAGGAAUGAGAGGUCAUCGUCUCCGUCGUUGCUAUCUUAUGGUUCUUCUGCUUCGCCUUCUUCUACUUCGCCUUCUUUGCAGAGAUCAGUUACUUCUACUGCUGCCAGCAAGGUUAAGAAGGCCUUGGGUUUGAGAUCUUCGAAGAAAAGUCCGGGAAAGGAUAGUAGUUCGUCCAGGUCGAAAAAGCCGGUGACUGUGGGGGAGCUCAUGAGGGUUCAGAUGAGGGUUUCUGAGCAGGCUGAUUCGAGGGUUAGGAGGGGCUUGCUGAGAAUUGCUGCAGGCCAGCUUGGAAGACGCAUUGAGUUGAUGGUUUUGCCACUGGAGCUACUGCAACAGUUCAAAUCUUCGGAUUUUACCAAUCAGCAAGAAUAUGAAGCCUGGCAGAAGAGAAAUUUGAAGGCUCUUGAGGCUGGACUACUCCUGCAUCCUCAUCUACCACUAGACAAGUCAGAUACAGCAUCCCAACGGCUUCGGCAGAUAAUUCGUGGUGCCUCAGAGAGACCCAUAGAAACUGGGAAGAACAAUGAAUCGAUGCAAGUCCUACGAACCACUGUAACAUCUCUUGCUUUCAGAUCAUUUGAUGGUUCUGUUUCAGAGACUUGCCAUUGGGCAGAUGGGUUUCCAUUUAACCUUCGACUCUACCAAAUGCUUUUAGAAGCCUGUUUUGAUGCUAAUGACGAAACAUCUGUUGUUGAGGAGGUUGAUGAGGUUAUAGAGCUCAUGAAGAAGACAUGGGUGAUGCUUGGAAUGAACCAGAUGCUCCAUAAGCUUUGCUUUUCUUGGGUUUUGUUUCACCGUUACAUUACAACUGGCCAAGUAGAAAAUGACCUACUGUUUGCUGCCAAUAAUCAGUUAGCAGAAGUUGCCCAAGAUGCAAAGUCAAUGAAAGAUCCAGUGUACUCGAAGGUCUUGAGUUCGACAUUGAGCUCAAUACUGGGAUGGGCAGAAAAAAGGCUUCUUGCUUACCAUGACACAUUCAACUGCACGAAUAUUGAGUCAAUGGAAAGUAUUGUUUCUCUAGGAGUAACAUCAGCCAAGAUACUAGUAGAAGAUAUCUCUCACGAGUAUCGCAAAAAAAGGAAAGAAGAAGUUGAUGUGGCUUGUAACAGGGUUGACACUUACAUUAGAUCAUCGCUCCGCACGGCUUUUGCCCAGAGAAUGGAGAAGGCUGACUCAAGCAGGAGGUCAUCAAGAAACCUGCCCAAUCCUCUUCCCGUCCUUUGCAUUCUUGCAAAGGAUAUUGGUGAGUUGGCAGCUAAUGAGAAGGAGGUGUUUAGUCCUAUAUUGAAGAGAUGGCAUCCUCUUGCAGCAGGUGUUGCCGUUGCCACUCUUCAUGCUUGCUACGGCAAUGAGCUGAAGCAAUUUGUUUUGGGUAUAACGGAGCUCACACCUGAUGCCGUACAAGUGUUGAGAGCUGCAGACAAGUUGGAGAAAGAUCUCGUGCAGAUUGCUGUUGAAGAUUCUGUGGACAGUGAAGAUGGUGGCAAGGCAAUAAUCCGUGAGAUGCCUCCUUAUGAGGCUGAAACUGCAAUUGCUAAUCUUGUGAAGGCAUGGGUUAAAACAAGAGUGGACAGAAUGAAGGAAUGGGUGGACAGGAAUCUGCAGCAAGAGGUAUGGAAUCCAAGGGUGAACAAAGAAAGGAUAGCUCCUUCUGUUGUUGAAGUCCUGCGAACUAUGGAUGAGACUUUGGAUGCAUUUUUUCAGUUGCCAAUUCCCAUGCAUCCAGCUUUGCUUCCUGAGUUGAUGACCGGCGUGGACAGAAGUCUUCAGUACUAUAUAACUAAGGCAAAAUCUGGCUGUGGGACACGGAACACCUAUGUUCCCACUAUGCCAGCAUUAACCAGAUGUACAAGAGGAUCAAAGAUAUGGAAGAAGAAAGAGAAGGUGCAAAGCACUCAACGGAGGAAACCUCAGGUUGGGACGAUGGAUGGGGACAGCCCCUUUGGAAUACCACAGCUAUGUGUCCGAAUUAAUACUUUGCAGCACAUCCGGGCAGAAUUGGACACCUUUGAGAAGAGGAUAAUAACUCGUCUGAGGAAUUGUGAAUCUGCUCAUGCAGAUGAUUUUACAAAUGGGUUGGGAAAGAAGUUUGACCUGGCAGAAGCUGCUUGUCAGGAAGGAAUCCAGCAACUUUGUGAGGCAAUAGCUUACAAGGUCAUUUUCCAUGAUUUAAGCCAUAUUUUAUGGGAUGGUUUAUAUGUUGGGGAACCGGCAUCGACACGGGUUGAACCUCUACUUACAGAGCUUGAGCAGAACUUAGAAAUCAUAGCAGAAACAGUUCAUAACAGAGUCCGUACCCGUGUGAUUACUGAGGUCAUGAAGGCUUCAUUUGAUGGAUUCUUGUUGGUGCUUCUUGCUGGGGGCCCAUCACGUGCUUUUUCUCAGCAAGAUUCUCAAAUAGUAGAGGAAGAUUUCAAAUAUCUAAGAGAUCUGUUCUGGUCAAAUGGUGAUGGAUUGCCAAUGGAUUUAAUAGAUAAGUUCUCAAAAACUGUUGUGGAAGUCCUCUCCCUUUUCCGUGCAAAUACCCAAAGCCUCAUUGACAAUUUUAGGCGCAGGACCUUGGAUACCUAUGGCCCUUCUGCCAAAUCCAAGCUGCCAUUACCUCCGACUUCAGGACAGUGGAAUCGAGAUGAACCAAACACACUCCUACGUGUCUUGUGUUACCGAAAUGAUGACGCAGCUACGAAGUUCCUUAAGAAGACCUACAAUUUGCCAAAGAAACUGUAGCUAUGAUGUAUUGCAUACUGAUCCUGGAAAAGUUGCUUCUAUGAAAUUGUUCACUGAGCAAGUUCAUGUAAUUCUAAGGUCUAACUGUAAUUAUGAUAUUACCAAGAAGGGGGAGCUUCUUCUGUUUUGCUUUGGUAGCAGGGUUGAUCAUUUCUGAAGCAAAAUACUGUUCUUGUAUAGUAUAUUUAUGGGUGGGUUUUAUUUUAGGAGAGCCUUUCUUGUUUAUUGGUUUGUCUAGUCCAACGUAUUAUAGUGUUAGUUGAAAUGUGCUACUAGUUGACUUCAUGGCAUCAAUGAAUUUGGAAGACAGCAACAGAGGGUUGGAGAUGGAAGCUUUGGGGGGCUACUGUGAGGUUCAGAGUUAGGUUAGUAUUUGUCUUCAUUGGGUUUGUAUUCAUUAUCAUUCUUUCGCACUGAAUUUAGAUA